UCAUGUAGUGCCAGUGCAGUACACAUGUUUCCGUGGAUGUCUGUCCUGUAACCAAAGAGUCUGAAUUCUCUCAAGAUUAGAAAGAGCGUAUUUAUGUCACAGUUGACAAAAAUAAAUUGAAAACAAAGCGAUUUUAUUUUGAGAAAUAAGUCUGACUUUGACCAAAAUGGCGUCUCCGGCGGGGGAACAUGACAGCGACGACGGCUGGGACGAGUUUUUUGACAAAUUCAAGACCCAGGAAUACAAGAAUGCUUUCAAGCCAGACACUUGGGAGGAGGAGUUUGAUAAAAUCCCCAUGUUCAUGAAAACAGCCCCUGAAGAGUUUGACCCGCAAGAAUAUCCUGAAUUAGCUUGUCUCCAGGCUCUCAUCCACGAUGAGGACAUGUCUCCAGAAGAGAAAGCCAAGAGCCUGAAAGAUGAGGGUAAUGCUUUUUUCAAAGAGAAGAACUACAAGAAGGCUGUACUGGCCUACACCGCAGCUCUGAAGGUGGACUGUGGGGACCAAGAGCUCGCCACCGUGCUCCUCACCAAUCGUGCAGCAGCUGACUUUCAUCUGGGUAACAUGCGUGCUGCACUGAAUGAUGCUGCUGCUGCAAAGAAGAUUAACCCAAACCAUCUUAAAGCCUUGAUCAGGGGAGCUCAGUGUUGCAUAGAGCUGCGUAACUUUUCAGAAGCCAUCCAGUGGUGUGACGAGGGGCUUAAAGCACAUCCCACUGACAAGAAACUGCAGGAUGUGAGACUCACUGCAGAUAAACUCAAGAGGGCAGCAGAGAGAGAUGCCAGAAAGGCUAAAAUCAAAGAAAAACGAUUGCAAAGCGAGAAAGAAGUUCUUCUGGCUGCUAUAAAGGACCGCGGCAUCAAGCUUCUCCAAUCUGCAAAGCCUAGUCAGCGUGGUUCAGACAGUGAGGACGAGGACGGAGGUUCCUCUGCAGCGAUUUCAGAGCUGAGCCUUGACGGCCUCAGUUCUCAGGAAAUUGUUGGGGCUCAAGUCUUCCUGGAUGAGCAGGGCUCGUUGCACUGGCCCGUUCUACUGCUCUAUCCUGAACAUCAGCAGAGUGAUUUCAUAUCAGCUUUCUGUGAGAGCAACUGUUUCAUUGAUCAUUUGGCCGUCAUGUUUGGAGAAGAACUACCACCAUGGGACGUGGAUAGAAAAUACAACACACAAAACCUGCAGUUGUACUUUGAAGAUGAAGAGAAGGAGACGAUAUACCAGAUAAAGCCAGAGUCAUCACUUUUAGAUGUGUUGCAGCAUAAAAGGUAUUUCAUUAAGGCAGGAACUCCCAGCUUCAUCAUUUUGGUAAAUGGUUCAGCAUUCAAAAAGCACUUUUUAACAGGAAAAAAAAUAAAGAAACUAUAAAAACA